UACAGUAUUUUUUACGGUAAUUAUCAAGGUUUGCUACUAUGUCUGAGACUGCUCCUGCCGCGCCGGCUACUCCAGCUCCAGCAGAGAAGACACCUGUGAAGAAAAAGGCUAAGAAGCCAGCGGGUUCCGCGGGAGCGCGGCGAAAGGCCUCUGGGCCCCCGGUGUCCGAGCUGAUCACCAAGGCCGUAGCCGCCUCCAAUGAGCGCAGUGGCGUGUCUCUGGCCGCCCUCAAGAAGGCGCUGGCGGCCGCCGGCUACGAUGUGGAAAAGAACAACAGCCGCAUCAAGCUAGGGCUCAAAAGCCUGGUGAACAAAGGCACCCUAGUGCAGACCAAAGGGACCGGUGCCUCGGGCUCCUUCAAGCUCAACAAGAAGACUCCUGCGGGCGAAGGCAAAGGCAAGGCUAAAAAAUCUGCUUCCGCCAAAGCCAAGAAGUCGGCAGGAGCUGCUAAGAAGCCUAAAAAGACUACGGGGGCGGCCACGAAGAAAACCUUGAAGAAGACGCCUAAGAAGGCUAAGAAACCAGCGGCGGCGGCGGCGGGAGCCAAGAAGGCAGCCAAGAGCCCGAAAAAAGCCAAAGCUGCUAAACCCAAGAAAGCGGCCAAGAGCGCCGCGAAGGCUAAAGCGGUGAAGCCCAAGGCAGCGAAGGCAAAGGUGACCAAACCUAAAACCGCCAAGCCCAAGAAGGCGGCGCCAAAAAAGAAGGAACAUGUCCCAAGGAAUGCUUGUGUCAAUGGAAAUAGCCAGCAGCAGUAUGAAGAACUGUGA